GCUGCCGCCAACAGCUGUUUUUGCAAGAUAAACAUUUUGAAAAAGUGAGCUCUAUUAUACAAUUUCGGACGUACAAUGGAUAAGGAGAAUUUAGUGAAGCACUAUUGGGAUUGUGCAAGUGCACUAGAGCCCGAGACGCACACACAUAAAUUACUGAAAUCAUAUUAUAUGACAAUAUGCCGGAAGCUGGCGAAAUCAAGCAUCUCCAUGCCGAAGGAAAAGUUCUCCCGCAACAUGAUGUGCCGCCAUUGCUCUAGCAAAUGGAACGAGUCAGAUUUCCAAAUGAAACUGAAGCCACAACAAAUAGCACAUAGCACCAAGGCUAGGAAACAAAUAGAGAAGCUAUACGAUGCCAAAAAGAGUACAGAAAAUCGAAGAGCGCUUACAAGGAAGCAGCGUAAAAGAGCCAAGUGGUUAAGCAAGCGCGUUCUAAAUAGCGUGGAAAUACAAUGCGAACUGUGUAAACAUAAGACCAAAUUGCCAAUGCAAAAACCAAGCAGAAAAGAGCGUGACAGUAAAAUGACGGAAGUCACAGAGUUGGACGAGAUAAUUGUACCUGAAACCGUGGCGCCUGCUCCGGUUAAGAAUAAAAAGAAAAAGAAAAAAAAUAAGGAUAAAACCGCCGGUCUUAAACUUGACAAAGUGCAAGUUAAUGCAGCUAAAAUAUCAGCACCAAAUAAGGAUGUAGCUCCAACGAAACCCCAUACUAACGCUGCUAGCAUAACAACUGACACACCAAAAGGAGCAGCUGCAAAUGCAAAACCACAAUCAAAUAAUAAAAGUGCCAACAAAGCAGAUGCUACAAAAAAGCAAGCAAAACCCACUGCCAAACUAAGUCAGCCACUAAAAGCUAAGAAGAAAAAUGCCAAAGCAGCUGCAGCGCCGAAUGUACAAUCUAAGACACAACAGAAAAAUUCAUUGUUACAACUGGCAGCUAUGCUGAAAGCGCAAACGGCAAACAAAUCUGGCGAGAAUUCGGCGCAUAGACGGCUGGAAUCGUUACUUAAAUAGGAAAUCCGUAGACGUCUAUAGGUACCAAUUCUUCCAAUUCCCUAGGCAAACAAAACUUCCGAAAAAUAUAUGUGGUUUUUGUUGGUCUUUUCUUUAUUUUCGUUUCCAACUUAUUUUAUUUAUACUUCCAGUGAAUACUCGAGUUAUUGAGCAUGAAGAUCAAAAACAUUGUGAACAAGUCUCUAAAAAUAUGUACUUUAAAACCAUUUAUUGCCGCCUUAGACUUAUCGAUAUGCGAAUAUCUUCAAGAAACAACUAGUCUUCAUCUCUCGUUGCAGAUUAUCAAUUUCAGGUACAUACAUACAUACAUAUUGCCUACUCGGAUAGCCAGCAAGGUAGCAACUCAUUCCAUGCAUACAUACAUACAUACAUAAAUCUACAUUGUUCGAUAAUCGAUCGAAUUUGCCACUGGUGCACCUCCGGUUGUUUGUGUAGUUGUCGUGGCGUUUAUUGAGGCGACUAUUUAUGCAUUUGUGUUGAUAUUCUUUAUUAUUGCUGUUUUGUUUUCUGUCUUUGCGCAACUUUACACAAUCUUCCAUGGCUUGAUCGGCGACCGUGCGCCGUGUGUACAGCCUUAGCGUCGUCCUCCUCCAUUCAAGCAGAGUCAACUACUUACUUACUAGCCAGCCGACCAAGCAAGCUGCUAGCCAAUCACUUAUGCCACCAUCCGCGCAUUUGUUCCACUUAUUCCUCCUGAUUCUCAACGCACAGGCCUCGCCUCAGUGGAAACCGCACUACCUACAUACAUACAUAGCUGUCAGUUGGUUGUUGUGGUUGCGCGCGAGUGCGGCACAUAACUUUUUCAUUUAUUGC